AAAGAAAAAAAGAUCAAAUUGUUUUGGCUCUUUUUAGCCUCUGCACAACUGUUGCAAUCAAAUUGUUUUGGCCUUUCUUUGCAGCAACUUUCAAACAUUUCCCUAACCUAUCAAGAUUCAAUUGAAACAAAAAUUACACACACAACAAACACUGAGAGAGGAUUAAGAUGGAUGAAGAUAGAAUAGGGCUAGUGUUGGCAAGAACCUCAGAAUUGAGGUCCAAGAUCAUCAAUUGCAUUCACAAAGCUUCUGCUAAUGUUGAAAAAGGAGUUAAAGAAAAUGAUAACCCGGAUGCAGAAAGUCAGGAAAACGAGGAUGAAGAAACAGAGUGUCUACUCGAUAUUCGAGAUGCCCUUGAAUCCCUUGAAGCUCAACUAUCUUCUUUGCAGGCACUUCAGCAGCAGCAAUGGUAUGAAAAAGAAGCGGCCUUGGCUGAGAUCGAGUACAGCCAGAAAAAGUUACUCAAGGAGCUAAAGGAAUAUGAAGGCACGAACUUGGACGUUAUACAUGAGGCUAUUUCAUUUGCUAGUGAAACAGAGGAAAGCAAUGAUCUCCUCCUUCCUCCAUAUCCAAGACGGCCUUCUCAUUCCCUAGUUUCAGAUAAUGGCCAUCUCUCAUCCUUCCUCUCCACUCACAAGUUUUCUCAAAACGAGUCAAUAAGGGUUAGGCCAAGAGAUAUCUACAAAUCAGAGAGAACCCAGACGCCUAAUGAGUCGAGGAGUCUAUUAAAAGGGGCAAGUGUAUUAGUUGGUACAGCUGCCAAAGCAGCACUGACUAUUAUCGGAGUAAUCUCCAUCUUGAAUCUGGCUGGUUUUGAGCCAAGUGUAAGAAAACGGGGUAAUCAUUUCAGGAUUUUGGACAUAUUUCAACUUCGACGGAACAAUGAUGAGGAUACAGCCGUCAAAUGUCCACCUGGGAAGGUCCCAGUGUUGGAAAAUGGUGAAAUGAGGUGUGUUGUUAAGGAGAGGGUCGAAAUUCCAUUCGAGUCCAGUGUCUCAAUACCAGAUGUGAACUAUGGUUGUGGAUGAAAUGUUAUUUAUGUAUGUCGAACUGCUCUUUUUUUUUUUUAGCGUUAUAAACUUUCUUGAUUACUGUUGAAACUAAGAUUUCUUUA